GGGUUCUAUUAAUUUACUUGUCAAAGUCUGUGGCAGUUUUUCCUAGGAAGAAAAGAAUAUGUCAACCUUGUUUCUUGUAUUCCUUCUUGUCAUUGUCUAUGGGAAUAAUUUCUUGGCUAAGUAAACCAAGAAAAGAUAUCAUUCUUUCACCAUUUUCCAAGUGAUGAUGAGUUUAAUUUGAUGUAUAACUUAUAUUUUGUUAAAGUUAUAUAUACCGUGGCUCUUUCAUCAGUUUCGCAUCAACUCAAUCUCUCAAUCCUGCAUCCUUGUUGCAAACACAUUGUUUCUUUCAUCAAUUCUUUUAAACUUUGAAAAUCUUCCCUCACUUCAUCCCCUAAUCUUGUUGCAGAAAAACAAAAUGUCUAUUCGAACAAAUCCCAUGAAAGCAAUCCCUUUACUCUUGAAGCGUUUGAGGAAAGUCGAACAACAAGCAAAUUUGGACGAUUUGAAGUCUGUGUUGAUUAACAUUAAGGAUGUGUUUUCUUUGGUGAAGAAAAACGAAGAAGAACUCCUUGACACAUUAGCCCUGGUGGAUGGCUAUAUUCGCAAGUCCAACAUACGUAAGUUGAUGGAAGACAAGGAAAAACUCUGCAAGAAAAUAAUGGAUUCAACUCAAAAGUUGUUGCCACGUGAGGCUAUAGAAGCUACCAAGUCAUCAAGCAAACCAUUUCAAGACGUGAAUAGAGCACCCCCUUCAAGCCAACUUCAGAACAUUGAAGAGUACAAGGUAAAUUAUCAAAACCUUGGUCAUCUUUGUCAUAAACGUGGCUUCUUGUCUCUCUUAUCUUUCCCUAAAAAUGCCAUCACAAGUAAAAGAAAUAUUUUCACAUGGUGGAUGGGGAUGGGUGACAUCGACGGAGAGGAAGAUGGUGAGGAUGUGUUUGUCGAGCUUUUGCAUUGUAACCUAGUUGUACCACAUCGUCAAGGAAAAUGUCCCCAUGUGAAUAAAUUUAAAGUUAAUCCUUGGGUUCGUAAUAGCAUAUUGUCACAAAAUGAUAAGAACCAACCUUUUGGAAUUUAUUCACAGAUAGUCUCAUCAGUUCAUGCUAAUGAUACUUCGUACAGUAACUUAAUUCUUGACCAACGAGAAGCUAAACUAAGUGAUGAACUUGGUUUUGAGUCUAAUCAUUGGAGAUCCAUUUUUAAUGUCAAUACAAGUUAUGUUAAAUUUGGAUUCCAAUGGAUGGCCAAAAUGAAGCAUUUGGAGGUGCUUCAUCUUGGUCGUUGGUUGCAACAUUCUUCUUCGCAUCAUAUUGAAGUGGAGAGUGAAGAAUUCCUAAAGGAGUUGAUAGAUCACGAGUACUUGAAGUAUCUUAGCCUUCGAGGGAUAUCAAGAAUAUCUAAUCUUCCAACAAACAUUUUUGAACUCGAGAGCCUAGAAACUCUAGAUCUCAAAGCUUGUCACAAUCUAGAAACCUUACCCAACGAUAUUGCAUCAUUGAAAAAGCUCAAACAUUUGAAUUUGUCUCAGUGUUACUUGUUGGAACGAAUGCCAAAGGGUAUUGAGAAGUUGACUGAGCUUCAAGUACUAAAGGGACUUGUAAUAGACAGUUCUAGCAAGACUCCUUACAAAAUAUCAGAUCUUGAAAAUCUGAAAAAACUAGAGCAACUUAGCAUACAUAUUGCACGUGAGGGUGUUAUCGAAGAGGGAGAUUUUGAGAGCUUAAAAGAUUUAUCAACUCUUCAUCAUCUCAAAAUAUCAUGGGGUGUGUCUACUUCAAUGCACACUGAUGUUAAGAUAAUUUUGCCUCCAAACUUGGAAAAGUUGCAUGUUGAAGGUUUUCCUGGACAGAACUUUCCAGAAUGGUUGAUGCCUCACAAAGUACCCUUGUCAUUGAAAGAGCUAAAUAUAUCGGGAGGGAAACUAAACAGAAUGGAUCAUGGAAAAAUUUAUGACACUCUCCACUGGUUGAAGAUCUUGCGUCUCAGAUUAUUCAUUGUUAGCUUCUGCAUUUUCUUUGCGCCAUGGAUCAAGGAUAAUCUAAUAUGCCCUACAACUGCCCACAAUACCAGAUAUCCUUGCUGCUUACACAUUCUGCGGUAGUUGUUGCACAUAACGCUUCAUUCAAAUUGGCCUUAAAUCUCUAAUUGGAUUACUCUCCUCCUCUUCUUUCUAUGCUUUGAUCUAGCUUCACUAUUCCAGCUUGUGCGAGAAAGCAAACAAAGAAAGAGUGGUGAGGAGCAGAGGAGAAACGUGACUUACGAAGAAAGGAGAGCAAGCAAGAUCUUAGUUUGACGGUGGUGGAGCAGAGAAGAAGUGAAGAAAGGAGAAAAAGAGGAAAUUAACGUUGUGGGGUUAGGUGGAGUGGUGUGUGGUUUAGGAGGCUUAGAGGAAUAUUUUUCUUCUUUCUCGCAGGGGUUUCUUCCUGCGGU